AUGAAUAUGGUACGGAUUCGUCACAUAAUGGAGAUGCGGCGAGCCUGUAAGGCUCCGCCCCUUUUGCCACCGAAAUUGAGAAAAGAAGGCUCCGAAAGUACCGAUCGUCGUGGUCCGAAGGAUGUGAUGGAUUUAACAUUCAAAGUGAACACUUUGGCGCCAGAACGGUAUCCAUCUAGAACGUUCUAUUUCCAUUUGUACGAAAGUCAAGAUUCAUCGGAGGGGCCAUGGAACUUGAUCACUGAAUCCGAUCGUCUGGGGACCGAUGACGUGGCAAAUUUGGAGGAUUUUCUGGCAAUCGAAUUCAGUUUUGAACGACUUCAAUGGUUCAAAAUGGAGAUCAGCCAAAUCGAAAUUGUGUGUAUCAGUGAAGAGGAGAAGGAAGGCGUUAUUGGACAGGCAGUAGUAUCAAUGGAAGUGGCAAAAGCGAUGGAGCCAAUUUCGAUCUUCAACGAAUCUUACAAACAAGGUCGCAAACCCAUCGGCGAGGUCCGUAUCUGCCGUUACCAACAACUUCGCGUCUGCUCCUUCCUAGACUAUCUUCGCGGCGGCACCUCACUGAAGUUCGCCAUAGCAAUCGACUUCUCCAUUCGAGACCCGGCUAAUGUGACUCAUAACGAUUAUCAACAGUACUCCAACGACAUCGAGUUCGUUGUGAGAUGCCUCGCAGACACUUUGGAACCGUUCAACCCAACCAACUCUUGGCUUUCCUAUGGAUUCGGUGCCAAGAUUCCACCACAUUAUCGAGAUUCUAAUAACUUUUGCUUGUCGUUGGAUGUGGAUGCCACGUGUCAAGGAGUCAAUGGAAUUCUGAAUGCGUUUGGGAAGAGUUAUCAAAAUGUGCAUCCGUUGCAAGGAGCAAAGUUUUCACAGAUUAUUUAUCAUUUGGCGAAACAAGCCCAGAACAAUUUCAACAGGGCUAACGAACCGCCCAACUACUAUGUACUGUUCAUCAUUACACGUGGAAGUAUUGAGGACCUAAAGGAGACGGUUCAAGCAGCAAUCUUUGCAUCAAAAGCUCCAAUUUCUAUAGUUUUUAUCCCCUGGCAAUGUUCCACAUUCUACAUGCAAAACCACGUGUUGCCUGGGAAAUCAUCAUCAGAAUCUGUGGAGACGUCAUCUGGAGGGCUAACGGUAUUGGCCAGUAGUAGUAGUCGUCGACCAAGUUCAGCACAUGGACAAAUGGAAGAAGAGGAGGAGGCGAGAAUGAGGACAACGAGUAGUAGCAGUGGACCAGCAAUGGAUCAUUUUAGGAGCCGCCGUAACCGUCUCUCCACCGAAAUGCGCUCAAUGACACUCGACGAUUCUCGAUAA